GGCUUCCUAGGCGCCGGACUCCGCCUUCUCCCCCGUCACGCUCGCCAUGGCGAGCCGAGGGGCUCGGCAGCGCUUGAAAGGCGGCGGCGGCGGCGGCGGCGGGGACCCGGCUCCCGCCACCAAGAAGCCGCGGGAGCAGCCGGGCAGCCGGGAGGCGGGCGGCGCGGAGCCCCGGCCGGAGUCGUCCGGGAACAAGGCCGGCCAAGUCUGGGCGCCCGACGGGUCCACGGCCUUCAAGUGUCUCCUCUCGGCCCGGCUGUGCGCGGCUCUCCUGAGCAACAUCUCCGACUGUGAUGAAGCCUUCAACUACUGGGAACCGACACACUACCUCAUCUAUGGGAAGGGGUUUCAGACUUGGGAGUAUUCCCCAGUGUAUGCCAUCCGCUCCUAUGCCUACCUGUUGCUCCACGCCUGGCCAGCCGCAUUUCAUGCAAGAAUUCUACAGACUAAUAAGAUUCUUGUCUUUUACUUUUUGCGAUGUCUUCUGGCUUUUGUGAGCUGUAUUUGUGAGCUUUACUUUUACAAGGCUGUGUGCAAGAAGUUUGGGCUGCACGUGAGUCGCAUGAUGCUGGCCUUCUUGGUGCUCAGCACUGGCAUGUUUUGUUCAUCCUCCGCAUUCCUUCCCAGUAGCUUCUGUAUGUACACUACACUGAUAGCCAUGACUGGAUGGUACAUGGACAAGACGCCCAUUGCUGUGCUGGGAGUAGCAGCUGGGGCUAUUGUAGGCUGGCCGUUCAGUGCUGCACUUGGUUUGCCCAUUGCCUUUGAUUUGCUGGUCAUGAAACACAGGUGGAGGAGUUUCCUUUACUGGUCACUAGUGGCCCUAAUUCUCUUCCUGGUGCCCGUGGUGGCCAUCGACAGCUACUACUAUGGGAAGCUGGUGAUUGCACCUCUCAACAUUGUUUUGUAUAAUGUCUUCACUUCUCAUGGACCUGACCUGUAUGGUACAGAACCCUGGUACUUCUAUUUAAUUAAUGGAUUUCUGAAUUUCAAUGUAGCCUUUGCUUUGGCUCUUUUGGUCUUACCACUGACUUCUCUUAUGGAAUACCUACUGCAGAGGUUUAAUGUGCAGAAUUUAGGCCAUCCAUAUUGGCUUACCUUGGCUCCAAUGUAUAUUUGGUUUAUAAUUUUCUUCAUCCAGCCUCACAAAGAGGAGCGAUUUCUUUUCCCUGUCUAUCCACUUAUAUGUCUCUGUGGUGCUGUGGCUCUUUCUGCACUUCAGAAAUGCUACCACUUUGUGUUUCAGCAAUACCGCCUGGAGCACUACACCGUGACAUCAAGUUGGUUGGCGCUAGGCACUGUCUUCCUGUUCGGUCUCCUGUCUUUCUCUCGCUCCGUGGCACUGUUCAGAGGUUAUCAUGGGCCCCUUGAUCUGUAUCCAGAAUUUUACCGAAUUGCUACAGACCCAACCAUCCACACUGUCCCGGAAGGCAGACCUGUGAAUGUUUGUGUGGGAAAAGAAUGGUAUCGAUUUCCCAGCAGCUUCCUUCUUCCUGACAACUGGCAGCUACAGUUCAUUCCAUCAGAGUUCAGAGGUCAACUACCAAAACCUUUUGCAGAGGGACCACUGGCCACACAGAUUAUUCCUACUGACAUGAAUGACCAGAACCUAGAAGAGCCAUCCAGAUAUAUUGACAUCAGUAAAUGUCAUUAUUUAGUGGAUUUGGAUACUGUGACAGAAGCACCCCGGGAACCAAAAUACUCAUCCAAUAAAGAAGAGUGGAUCAGCUUGGCCCACAGACCAUUCCUUGAUGCUUCCAGGUCUUCAAAGCUGUUUCGGGCUUUCUACAUCCCCUUCCUGUCAGAACAGUAUACAGUGUAUGCAAACUACACCAUCCUUAAGCCUCGGAAAGCAAAGCAAAAUAGGAAGAAGAGUGGAGACCGGAGAAGAGCAGAACCAACUCACAGGAAGAACUGAAGAUCCCUGGGCUGGGUGGCUAUUUUAAGCUGUUCUCCACAUUGUGGCCUCACACCCGAGAAGUAGCAAGCCUCUCAGGCUGAAGGGGCUUCUCCACCAAAGCUGUCUGGCUGCAUCUAGGAGACUUCAUGCUGCAGUCCUAGUGCUGAAAGGGAGCUCAGCCCAGUUGCCAACUGACAUGUCCUUCCACCUUCAGCCAGACUCACUUCUGAGAAGCUCUUCGCAGGGAGGACUAUCUCAGGAAAAAGGCGACCACUUGAGGAACUGUGACCUCAUUUUGUUAGAGAUGCUGCCUCUGACUUUCAUUUUAUUUCCUUUACAACCAUGUUGAACCCUGUUCAUUUUCAUUUGAGCAUGCUAUAUCUUGAAUUCCAGAUCCUGCUGUACAAAGGUAUCGACGGCCUGAGUGUGUAUAGGGCAACCUUGGAAAGAAUGAAUUCUGGGGGCUGGGAACGUGGCCUAGUGAUAGAGUGCUCGUCUCCUGUACAUGAAGCCCUGGGUUUCAUUCCCCAGCACCACACAUAUAGAAAAAGCCAGAAGUGGCGCUGUGGCUUAAGUGGCAGAGUGCUAGCCUUGAGCAAAAAGAAGCCAGGGACAGUGUUCAGGCCCUCCUGAGUUCAAGCCCCAGGACUGGCAAAAGAAGAAAGAAGUCUGGCCAUUGGUAGAGGUGGGUGCCAUCGCCUUUCUAGGUGAUGCAUUGUGAGUCCAUCUCUGAGGAAACGAGUGGAAAGGACCGGUGUGUGCUUAUAGCGCCUCAUUUUCAGCUCCCUUGCAGGGCACAAGGCACAGCCCUCCUGGGCACUCUAGUCACGUAGGCAACGAUAAAGACCCAGUUCACAUGCAGUAAGCGUAUUCUAUUAGGUAUAACUUACCUUACCACACAGUACUUCCCGGGUCCCAAGGCGUUUGUUUCCAUGGCGUCUCAUUCCAUCCUCACGGUCACCACGAGGGGGAGACCUGGCAGCUGAUGUUGUCCCCCUGCUAGAGACGAGGAGGGAGGUGGAGGUGAAGUGACUGGCCUGAGGGAAGCCAGUGUGCCCGACUUCCAUGCCGGUCAUCUGUGAAAACGUGCUGACGUGGUAGGAGGACGAGGCUGACCAAAGCCUGGUUGAUAUUGCAGCUUCCUAUUUUAAGGAGGAAUUGUACCUAUAUUUCUUAGUUCUCUGUCGCCUCCAGCCUGCCUGUGUUUAAAACCCAGAUGAUGGGGCCACGCCCGAGUCAAGGCAUGCGACCACAGCUACCAUUCCCAUCGCCCAUCGAGGGUCACAGCACUGGUGCCUUUACUCCCCUAAGGGUAACUGAUUCUAAAAUCUGAACAUAGGAUGGAGCUACUUUUUGGAAUUUCCAUCUUUGAUUUUUUAGAGAGGGACUUCCCAAUGGGAACUAAGAAAUGGAUAGCAUACACCACGUCUCUUGUUGAGAAUUCCUUGUGAAGGAGUAGCUGAGUUGGUGCCGAGGCAGAAGGAGAGAUAAUAGGUUUAGGCAGCAUGCAAUGUGUAACUGAACAGUGAAGGAAGACUGGAGUCCCGCUUGCUUGAAAGAUCCGUGACGUUCAAGUCUCGAUACUCAGCUACUGCCUUCCAGAGCAGAUAACAGGGGUGUGAUUCCACAACAGGAUAUGGUACUGUAAGUGGAGCGUCUUGCCUUAUUUCCAGUCACAGUGCUGUCCUUCACAGUGGCCAAGGUCCUUUCUUCUUUGCAGGGAUGCAUAAGAGUCCACGCUGGGCACAGUGGCUCAUAUACCUGGAAUACUAGCUACUUGGGAGGUAGAGAUUAAGAGCACCACACUUGAAGGCCAUUCUAGACAAAAAAAAAGUUUGAGAGUCCCAUCUCGCCUGGUUAAAAACAAAGCAAAACUGGCCUGGCAUGCGACUGCCAUUCCAGCUGCAAGAGAGGCUGAAUAUGGUCGUGGCCCAGGCCGGCCUGAACAUAACUGUGAGAUCCUGUUGGGAAAGUAAGGCAGAGAACAUUGGGAGCAUGGCUCAAGUGGUAGAGCAGCUUGCCUAGGAAGCACAAGCCCCUGAGUUCAAGCCCCAGAAUCACCAAGAUAAACAAGUCCAGUAAUGUGGGUAAGUGGAGAGUAGCUUUUUGCCCUAAUCAAAGUGGUAGAGAGUUCCAGGAGGGAAAGGUAUAGCUCUGUGCUAGCAUGUGUGAGAGACCCUAGGUUUAAGGCCCUGUGUGUGUAUGUGUGUGUAUAUACACAUAAAAACAAGUGAUACAGCACUGAUCUAUUUUAUCUUGUAUAUUAAAAA